AUGACGAAUUAUAUUGUUUGUUUAGCUCAUUUUUGUGAAUUACAUGGACCUACUGUUAUAAUAUGCACACAAAUAACCACAAAAAAAUUCCUUAAGGAGAACUUACUUUCUUCUAAUUCAAGACUAGCCAAUUGUUUAUCAUGUCAACUAAUACUACCAAAUUCUUCAGUUAACCUUACCACACCAAUAGAAAACAAUAAUAAUGAUGGUAAAAAAGAAGAAGAAGAACCAAAAGUAUCUGUAUCAACCCAUUAUCCUGCAUCCAGUAAACGGUAUUCUGCAUUGACAAAAUUGGUGAUGAAAUCGUUAUCGGUAGAGACUACUUCAGAAUUAUCUAAACCUAUGUUUUAUGGUGAUGCCAUAAAUGGAUAUUGUAUUAAUCAAAUAUUUAAGAUUGAGGAUAUAAAUGCUAGAGGAGGAGAAAGAAAAUAUAGUUUAAUGAUUGUUAGUGAUGAUGAAUUUGAGUUGUUGAAUAAUUGGGAUAUUCUUCAGAUGUAUUUGAAUGAAAUAAUUGAAUUAAUUCAAAAGAAAGUUAUUGAUUGGAAUCAGAGAAAUGAAGUAUCACUGAAAUUCAAUGCAGAUGGAAGUGUGAAAAAUGGAAAUGUGUUAGAUAAUGAGAGAUUUCUUCGAAGAAGUUUAAACAAACCUAGAUCAUUGACUGAAUUAACUAAUGAUGAUGAAAUAUUUGUCAAAUUGCAUUUAUUGGCAACAGAAUUGUUGAAAGAUAUAAAUAAAUAA